AUGAAAUUCAUUUGGUACAUAUUUUUAUUACCGGGUCUAGGCCUUCUAGUCUUCACUUUAAAAGUACCGAAUUGUAAGAUUCAAAACAAAUUUGAGUUGAAUAGUUUAUAUAAACCUGGGGAUAUUGUUUUUGGGGGAGUAUUUGAACUACAUAUAACAGUAACAUAUCCAGAACUAUCUUUUACUUCAAAACCAGAGCAGCCAAAAUGUGGAAGAUUUUACUUAUCAGAAUUUCAGAAUGCACAGACCAUGGCUUUUGCUAUUGAGGAAAUAAACAGAGACCCUGCUCUUCUCCCUAACAUCACACUGGGAUACAGGCUGUAUGACAACUGUGUGAACCUGGCAGUGGCUCUGAGAGCAGCAACAGCUCUGAUCAGCGGAGAGGAUGAUUCUGUCACUGACUACAGCUGUACAGGGACUCCCCCUGUCUUAGCCAUUGUUGGGGACCCUGGCUCAACAAACUCUAUUGCCGUGUCAAGAAUACUGGGUCUCUUCCGGGUCCCAAUGAUCAGCUAUUAUGCUACUUGUGCUUGCCUGAGCAACAGAAAAAAGUUCCCCUCAUUCUUCAGAACAAUCCCAAGUGACGACUAUCAAAGCAAAGCCAUGGCGCAAAUCAUCAAGCACUACGGAUGGACCUGGGUUGGUGUCAUAGCAAGCAGUGAUGACUACGGUCAGAGUGCUGUCAAGAGCUUCACUGAGCAGAUAGCUCACUUUGGCUGUAUUUCCUUCUCAGAAACCCUCCCAAGUGUGAAUUCAAAAGCCAGAAUACUUGAAAUUGUGAAAACUAUUAGACGAUCCACAGCGAGGGUUAUAGUUGUAUUCUCCCCUGGAGCACACUUUGAUCCUCUGGUUGAAGAGAUCAGACAGUUUUGGGAAAACAUAUUUGACUGCAAAUUUCAAGCAAAAUCAAAUGAUCUUGAAAGUAAUAAAAUAUGUUCAGGAACAGAAGAUAUUAAAAGCACCAAAACGUCUUACAGUGAUGUGUCAGAACUGCGGGCUUCCUACAAUGUGUAUAAAGCAGUGUACGCCUUGGCACACUCCCUGCACAACCUGAUGUCCUGUGAGCCUGGAAAAGGGCCCUUUCAGAAUAACUCCUGUGCAGACAUCACAACUGUGCAGCCCUGGCAGCUGUUGCACUACCUGGCGAGAGUGAACUUCACUACUCACUAUGGAGACAGGGUGUCCUUUGAUGAGAACGGAGAUGCUCUUGCAAUCUAUGAUGUGAUGAACUGGCAGAGGGCCGAUGACGGGGCUGUGAAAACAGUAACAAUCGGUCUGUAUGAUGAAUCAGCUCCUGCUGGACAACAGCUCAGUCUGAAUGAGGACAAAAUCUUCUGGAACUUUGAAUCUAAUUCUCCCCCCAGGUCUGUGUGCAGUGAAAGCUGUCAGCCUGGCACCAGGAAGGCAACCAGAAAAGGGGAGCCCCUCUGCUGUUUCGACUGUGUGCCUUGUGCAGAGGGAGAGAUCAGCAACCACACAGAUACCAUUGAAUGUUUCAAAUGUCCACCUGAUUUCUGGUCUAACCCAAGCAGAGACCAGUGUGUGCCAAAGGAAAUUGAGUUUCUAUCAUACAAGGAGCCUUUAGGAAUCUCUUUGACAACAGUCUCAGUGUUUGGGGGAUGUAUAUCAGCUGCAAUUUUAUUUGUGUUCAUUUACUAUAGGAACACCCCAGUUGUAAGAGCCAACAAUUCUGAACUGAGCUUCCUGCUGCUGCUUUCUCUAAUACUCUGCUUCCUCUGCUCAUUGCUGUUUAUUGGUCAGCCACUACACCUCACCUGUAUGCUGAGACAUGUUGUGUUUGGAAUCAGUUUUGUCUUGUGCAUAUCUUCCAUUCUUGUGAAAACCAUUGUUGUCAUCAUGGCCUUCAGAGCCACACUGCCAGACAAUAAUGUCAUGAAGUGGUUUGGUGCUGCACAACAGAGAGGCACUGUUUUUGUCUUUACUGUCACCCAGGCUCUGAUCUGUAUUGUGUGGCUAACUGUGGCCCCUCCUUUACCAUUGAAAAACACACAGUAUCAAAACUCAAAAAUAAUUUUUGAGUGUAAUGUUGGCUCAAUAACUGGAUUUAGUUGCCUGCUGGGGUACAUAGGCUUGCUAGCCAGUGUCUGCUUUCUGCUGGCUUUCCUUGCAAGGAACCUGCCUGACAACUUCAAUGAAGCCAAGUUCAUCACUUUCAGCAUGCUCAUCUUCUGUGCAGUUUGGAUCGCUUUCAUACCAGCUUAUGUCAGCUCUCCUGGGAAAUACUCGGACGCUGUGGAGAUUUUUGCCAUCUUGGCUUCAAGCUUUGGUCUCCUCAUUGCGAUAUUUAUGCCGAAAUGUUACAUCAUUCUGCUUCAACCAGAGAAAAAUACCAAGAAAGCUCUUAUGGGUAGAGCAGGCCUAAAGUGA